AUGUGUUCGCUGAAAGUUUGUGCUCUCAUGCUCCUGGCCACAGUUGUUUCCGGACGGCCUUCCGGCGAGCAGAUGACUGAGGCGGAUUUCACGAAUUUGGUGUUCACUGUUGAGAAGCUGGAUCAGAUCCUCAAGGCUUACUCGGCUUAUAAACAAUUCAUGCCAUCUUAUGUGUGGGAACCAAUUGAGAAAAUCACCGAAGAGCAGAAGACACAAGCCGUCAAAAUGGUCAAUGACUAUCAUGCUGGACAGUUCGAGCCGAAGAAUUACGAUGAGUUGAUUGCAAUCAUCAAGAAGAGUUACCCAGCACUUGCCGCACCAUACGAGACAAUGUACGGAAAAUAUAAGGAACAAGUUGCCAAGUUGGGACCAAAGGGACAGGAGUACGCUAACAACCUCGAAGCCCAAAUGUACGCUGAUGCCUCACCAGAUCGUGUUGUCUGGGCAUGCCACAUCUUCAACAACGCCAAGAAAGCCGUCAGUGAUGCCAAGGCACUUCUUCUCGAUGAUUCAGAAGCUGACAAGAUUGACCAGGCAUUCCCAGAAGCGGUGACUUUCUUGCAUAGCAAGGAGUUCGAUGCGUACGCUAUCGUUGUGAAUAACUUGAACACGUUGGAUUGCACUAAGGAUCGUGAACAAAUUUUCAACACUAUCAAAAUGUUCGACAAGCAUAAUGUUCUCACCAACUGA